GGCUCACUAUCGCCGUGCCCACGCUUCAGCAGGGUGCUUAAGGCAGCUGCUGGAUGAUUGAGCAGAAAUGACAGGCGUGUGGUUAACCGUGACGGGCGAGUAAGAGCCCCUUCUCUUCUGAGCCAGAGAGAGGAGGUGUGUCACGGCAGAAGGUGCCCUGGGAAGAGAAGAGUCCUGCAGCUGAAAUCAUCGCUUCUUUCUACACUUCUUGUCACCCUAGCAUUCCCUGCUCUUGACCUGGGAAAGAUGGUUACAGUAGUAACAAAGCUGGUGCACUGCUUUCACCUAAGUCGUAGAUAUGGCCAGUACACUAUGAACCAAGAAAUCACCAAAGUUAAGGAAAAGCCUCCAUUUGAUCGAUCGAGUUCCCAGGAUUCUGUGGAUGAACUAUCUAUGGAGGACUAUUGGAUUGAACUGGAAAACAUCAAGAAGUCUAAUGAGAACAGACAAGAUCAAGAGGUGGUGGUUGUCAAAGAGCCUGAUGAGGGCGAAUUGGAAGAAGAGUGGCUUAAGGAGGCUGGUUUGUCCAAUCUCUUUGGAGAGUCUGCUGAAGAUCCUCAAGAAAGCAUGGUGUUUUUAUCAACACUGACUCGGACCCAGGCAGCCGCGGUUCAGAAACGGGUAGAGACGGUCUCCCAGACCUUAAGGAAAAAGAACAAACAAUACCAGAUUCCUGAUGUCAGAGACAUAUUUGCUCAACAGAGAGACUCAAAAGAAAAAGCUCCAGAUGGCACUGAAUCACAGUCAGUCAGAACAAAUGAAAACAAAUACCAAGGAAAAGAUGACCAGGCAUCUAGCAUAGUUGCUGGUGAAAAGGAGCUGAUCCCACCAGUGCCUGAGGAGACACUUGCCUCUGAAACAGAUAUCAACCUGGAGGUAUCAUUUGCUGAGCAAGCCGUCAAUCAGGAAGAGAGCGCCAAGGAUAGGACCCAGAAGAGCAAAGACAAUGAUACCUUGUUACCUGUACGUAGUACACUGUUCAGCUAUCACUAAACAGAAGAGUUGAUUUUUA